UUGGUGAUGCUAGCAGUUAGGGAUGGCAGCCCCGGGGGCAGCCCCGACACAUGCUACCAAGGGCCCCCCCAAUCCGGGGGAGGAGCAGGAGGAGACCAUCAUACAGGGACAAAUUUCUAAGUUCUUUAGUUCUCCAAAGUUCAUAUCCAACCCGAUCCUCACUUCUGACUCUUCUGUGUCCAGCUUGGAACUCAUCCAUAAAACCUCCAGGUACCCGCUGGGCAUCAUCUUCAUCUUGGUUAGCGAGUUCGCAGAGCGCUUUGCCUUCCAUGGCACGAAAGCUGUGCUGACUCUGUAUUUCAUGUACUUCCUCAAGUGGAAUGAGAAGACAUCUACGGCCGUGUACCAUGCCUUCAGUGGCCUGUGCUACUUCAUCAGCAUCCUGGGAGCCAUCAUCGCUGACUCGUGGCUGGGGAGAUAUAACACGAUCGCCUCAUUCCAUGGUGUGUACUUACUGGGCCAGAUGCUGCUCAUCCUCAGCGCGGUGCCCCUGGAAGGAGGCCAGGUGAUUCACACGUUCCUGGCUGUGCUAAGCCUUUUUCUGCUCGCCUUAGGGGCAGGGACCAUAAAGCCCUGCGUAUUAGCAUUCAUUGGAGAUCAGUUUCACGAACAUCAAAGAAAAGAGAGGAGAAGAGUGUUUUCAGCGGCGUACCUCGUGGUGAAUUUUGCAGCCCUGUUGUCGAUGUAUGUGACCCCCACACUGAGAGAGGACAUUACCUGUUUCGGAAGUGACUGCUACAUGCUCGCCUUCGGGCUCCCAGGACUUUUCGUGCUCGUGGCAUUGUUUGUGUUUUCUUUUGGAAUCGAACUUUACAACAAACGGCCCCUGCAGAAAAACUUCCUGUUAGAAGUCUGCAAGUGCAUCGAGUUUGCUCUCAGCAACCGACUGAGGAAUCGUUCCAGCCAGAUUCCCAAGAGAAACCACUGGCUGGACUGGGCAGCUGAGAAGUAUCCAAAGCAGCUGAUUGUGGAAGUGAAGGCGCUCACCCGCAUGCUGUUUCUCCUCACACCGCUGCCCAUGUUCUGGGCUCUCUUUAAUCAGCAGGGCUCCCGCUGGACUCUGCAGGCCACCAGGAUGGAUGGCAACAUGGGCCUGUUUGUGAUUAAGCCCGACCAGGUCCAGAUGCUUAACGCCUUUUUGAUGCUUAUUCUUAUUCCGACGUUUGAGCUGGGAAUCUACCCCCUGAUCAAAGCCUGCAGAAUCAAGUUAACGCCCAUCAGGAAGAUGGUGGUCGGCAUGAUCCUGGCGGCCCUGGCCUUCGCUGUGGCAGCCGUCGUCGAGAUAAAAGUGAAUCAAACCUCCAGGGUCAGGCUGGGUCCCAGAGAGAGCCUCCUGCAGGUCCUGAACCUGGUGGAUGGCAAGACGCGUGUCACCUUGCAGAGUUAUCAAGACCCUCUGCUGUUCCCAGAACCCAUCGCCCCCUUCCAGGACCCCUCUCCCUACUCUCUGCUGCGGCUGGGGUCCGAGCACCAGCGGCUGGGCUUCUUGCUCCAGGCCCACGGCACCGCCAUCCAUGUGGACCACGACAUCAGGGGAAGGAAAUGGUACAGCCUGAUCAUUCACGAGGACAGUGACAGCAACAGUGACAGCGUGGCCAGCACCCUGGUGGAGGAUGCAGACGUCCAACCGCCCAGAGGAAUGGCAGCCGUCAGGUUUUUUAACACGUUGGACGAAGAUGUCAACAUCUCCCUGGGCCAAGGGGAUGCUCUCUGGGUUCCCAGAAACUUCGGGGUAUCUGCGUACAGGAUCAUGGAGAAGAGAAAACAGUACAUUGUCGAAUGCCAGACCCAGAGCAAGACGUUCACGCUGCCCCUGGGCACACUUACCUUUGGCACCAUGUACACCAUUUUUAUCAUGAAGAGUUCUGAGAAGGGCUUGUGGGCCUGGAAGACCAGCCCCAUCCUGUCCAGCACCGUGUCCAUCCUGUGGCAGGUGCCACAGUACGUGCUCAUCACUGCCGCCGAGGUCAUGUUCUCCGUCACCAGCUUCGAAUUCUUGUAUGCUGAGGCCCCAGCCAGCAUGAAGUCGGUGCUACAGGCGGCCUGGCUGUUGACGGUGGCUUUUGGAAACCUCAUCGUGCUUGUGGUGGCGGAGCUGGACUUGCUGGUGCAGUGGGCAGAAUUCCUCCUAUUCGCUUGCCUCCUGCUGGGCGUGUGUAUCGUGUUCUCCAUCAUGGGCUACUACUACGUGCCCUGGACCAAGGCCCAGCAGAUGGUCCGGGAGGAACAGAAGCAGCAGCGGCAGAAGGAGAAGCAGCAGCGGCGGGAGCGGUGGGAGCAGCAGCGGCAGCAGGAGCAGCAGGACGCUCUGGCCACACCAAUGGGGGAGCCACUGACCAUUCCAGCCAUGCAGAUGGAAGAACCACUGACCGCUGCAGCCACAAAGAUGGGCGAGCUGCUGACCGCUCUGGUUAUGCAGGUGGAGGAGCUGCUGAGCACAACAGGUCUGGUUGGGGGAGCUGCUGACCCGGACACAUGCCACCGGGAGCUGGCCUAUCACUGA